AUGAAGAAACGAGGAAUGAAAAGCGUCACAGAGUGUCCUCCGGAGCAGGAUGGGAGGCACAAUUCACGGGAAAUGUCCUCCUACGUUGGUCUGAUUCUUUCCUCACAUCAGGAAGAGGAUAUUAUUCUUAGAAAAGCAAUGUCUGCGCCUGGUGGAAAAGUGCGAAUUUGUGAGAAUACUUCAAGUAAGAUUGUCAUGAGACAUUACGAGCAACACAAAGUGAUUGAUCUUUCCAGUCAGAAAAUGUAUCGACCAAUUCAGUUGGUGAGGAAUAUAUUCUAUGUUGCAAUUGCUGUAAUCGGUUUGCCUGUGAAUUCACUGGCACUUGUGAUUUUAUUCAGAGGAAAAUGUGGAAUUUCCUCAUGCACCGCUUGUUACCUCGUUGCCAUGGCAACAGCGGAUCUACUGUAUGUUAUCCUUGAGGUCACACUCUACCGGAUCAAUGAAUAUUAUUUCCCUGUCAAUUUCUUGGAUAUGACCGCUGUCUGUAAAAUUACCUCUGUGCUGCGCCGCGCUACCGCUGAUUGUUCUGUCUGGUUCACCGUCACUUUUACUUUUGAUCGAUUUGUUGCCAUUUGUUGCCAGAAGUUGAAAAUGAAAUAUUGCACCAAGAAAAUUGCAACAGCAGUUCUAUCAACAACAGGCAUUCUGACCUGUUUCAAAAACAUUCCCACCUACUUCCGGUUUGAAUCUUACCAAAUCUUUAACAAUGUCGAGUGGCUCUGCGUGAACAAUGAAGCAUAUUAUGACGAUCCCAUAUGGAUAGGAUUCAAACGCUUUGAAAAGAUCUUAACUCCAAUGCUCCCAUUUGCUUUAAUUCUUUUGAUAAACGCUUUGACAGUCAGGCAAAUUUUAGUGGCCAGUCAGGCUCGUAAGAGACUGCAGGAUCAGAGCAAAGGACAGAAUUCUUCUGACCCAGAGAUGGAGAGCAGAAGAAAGUCUAUUAUUUUACUCUUCACAAUAUCCAGAGGUUUCAUCCUGCUGUGGCUGUGCUACCUUUUUGUAUAUUUUAAUACAUUCGAUCCAUUGUUCGAUAAAAAUUCUAAAUCUAUAUUCCAAUGUGUUGCAUAUAUGCUCCGUGAUAUAAACUGCUGCACAAACACAUUUAUUUAUGUAGCAACUCUCUCCAAGUUCAGAGAGAAGUUCACAAGCACGCUCAUGUUACCUUUUAAGCAAACAAUUCACUGUAAGCAUCAAUAA